AUGGCAUCUCUCAAAGGACCUGGAGAAGCUCAACAGCAUGACGGCAGCAGUCUCCGCAUCGGCAUCGUUCACGCACGCUGGAACACCACUAUAAUCGAGCCGCUUCUCGCAGGCACAAAGGCAAAACUCCUAGCUUCCGGAGUCAAGGAAUCGAAUAUCGUCGUGCAAUCCGUGCCGGGAUCGUGGGAGCUUCCAAUUGCUUGCUCGAAACUCUUCUCCGCCUCCCAAAUCCAAUCCACAACCUCCUCCACCCUCGGCGCAGGCGACCUCCUCGGCUCAAGCACCACAGACCUCACAACCCUCUCCCUGGAAAACAAGACUUCAUCCGGUCCCUUCGAUGCCAUCAUCGCCAUCGGGGUGCUCAUAAAGGGCGAGACUAUGCAUUUCGAGUACAUUGCCGAGUCAGUUUCGCACGGCCUGAUGCGUGUACAGCUCGACACAGGUGUGCCUUUGAUCUUUGGCCUGUUGACGGUUCUGGAUGAGGAGCAGGCCAAGGCGAGGGCGGGGAUUACCAGUGGAAGCCAUAACCAUGGAGAGGACUGGGGUUUGGCGGCCGUAGAACUGGGAGUUAAGAGGAGAGAUUGGGCGGCGGGGAAGAUUGCGUGA